AUGCGUCGCACGAUUGCCGCGCUCACGGCGACGCCGGAGCGUUUCUCCAUUUUGGGCACAACCUACGCGAGGCCCAAACGCAACGGCUUCGGACGCGGCAACAAGAUGCGCUCCAAGCCGAGCGACAACGUGGCGUGGUACGACAAGGGGCCCGUGGAGUGGCUGCCGCGGCCUGUGCGCCUCACCUACGACCACCUCGACCAGCUGCGCCACUGGAUGAUGCGAGAGACGCUUGACGGCAAGACGGAGGAGUUCAACCGCAUCCGUGACAUGCACCGGGAGUGGUCGCAGCACCCGCUAAUGCCGGUGCUCGGCGACGUCGAGCCAAAGUUUCCACUGAAUCUCUUCAAGCAAAAUCACAGAGCCAAGCGACGUUUUUUGGUCCGCUGGCACAAGGCAAAUACCCCGGCACACUGGCUCUGGCUGCCGCGGGGGCCCACCGUUCUCACCCCGCUGCACCACACGAACCCCUCGCAGUACCCUGAGAGUUGGCGGCAGAUGGUCCGCAAGAAGAAGUAG